UUUAUCGUUCUCCGAUAUAAAUAGAAAAGGAAAUAAUAUUUGUAUUUACUUAGUUUACACGUCGGAAUCGUCGGUUUUUUUGCAUCGGCAAAAUGAAGGGAAAGGCAACACUUUUGGUAGUUGCGUUGGCUCUGCUUUUUGGGCCGUCAAAUACGAUCGGAAAAUCGGAUCCGGGUAUCGUUGACAUCCUGGUGACCACGACCUUUCCUAGCAUACGGGAGCAGCGUCCACUUUUGGCCAAUACGAAAAUAUACGCCCAAAUCAAGGGAUGUACGCCCAAUGGGGAAACAAACCUCACCGUUACCUUCCGACUUACGGAGCAUCCAUGCAUCUUCGACGAUCUCCAGCUGCAAACCAUUGCCCAUGAUAGCGCCCUGCUAAACAAUGCCAGCAUUAAUAAUAAAAUCUUCGAGCUCACCAACACAUAUCCGUGCAAUGGACUAAUUGUCCUGGCGAUAAACAAGGACAAGCCGGCGGAGGGAGCAACACCCGGAACACCGGAACCUAAACAUCCGAUGUUGGAGCACAAACAUCCACUUUCGCCCACAACCAACCCGGUUGCUAGCGUCGACAAGGAUGGCAUAUAUGAGAUUGAAGUGAUUAUAGCUCCACAAUCCCCGCAAUUUAGUGCCGUCGUGCACAUCGAGUUCCUGGGCCCACAUGGAUAUAUUUCGGCCAUAGAUUGGCCAUUCCUGCCGUUCUAUUUAAUCAUGUGCAUUGUUUACGUGAUAUUUGGAAUUAUUUGGCUCUUCGUUUCCUUCGCCCAAUGGCGAGAUUUACUGAGAAUUCAAUUCUGGAUUGGUGGAGUCAUUCUGUUGGGAAUGCUGGAGAAGGCAUUCUUCUAUGCUGAAUACCAAACGCUGACGAAUAAGGGAGUUCCAGUUCAGCAUGCCGAGCUGGUCGCCGAGUUUGUGUCCUGUGCAAAGCGCACUCUGGCCCGCAUGCUGGUCAUAAUUAUGAGCCUGGGCUUUGGAAUUGUCAAACCCCGUUUGGGACCCAUGCUACAUCGCGUUGUGGGCGUGGGAACACUCUACUUUGUGCUGGCCUGCGUAGAGAGCUAUUUGCGUAUCACCAAUAUCAAGACCGAUCGCAGCGAGCUGCUGGUAGCCAGUAUUCCCCUUGCGGUUCUAGAUACGGGAAUAUGCUGGUGGAUUUUUACCUCACUCGUACAAACCACUCGAACACUGAGGCUAAGGAGGAACAUGGUCAAGCUUUCGCUGUACAGACACUUUACUAACACUCUGAUUUUCGCUGUUAUCGCUUCCGUCAUCUUCAUGUUGUUUGCCCUGCAUUUGCGUAGUAUUGAGAAUUGUACGCCUGGUUGGCGUGAUAUUUGGGUAGAUACUGGUUUUUGGCAUAUUCUAUUUUCGGUGCUGCUACUGGUGAUUAUGAUACUAUGGCGACCCACUAAUAACAACCAGCGAUAUGCCUUCACUCCGCUGCUGGAUAACCCAGAAGACGAGGACGAUGAGGACGAGGAAGAUCAGUUUGUGGCUGAUGCCUAUGGUGUAAAAAUGCGUGGACAGAAUGGAACGCCGAAAACAUCGACGGCUUCACGAAAUGCCACGACCACCGAGGAGGACGAUUUGCGCUGGGUAGAAGAGAAUAUACCAUCCUCGAUGGCAGACUCAGCUCUGCCUAUUCUUGAUUCGGAUGAGGAGAUCAUAAACACCAAGUUUGAGGUGUCAAAAAUGCAAUAAACUGUGACUUUCGCUGGACCGAAGAGACUUUUUACGCAUAUUUUUGCACAUUCACACAUCUGUGUCACCCGCCAGCAGCAAGUCCCCAAUAUUUGCUUUGUAUUUUUUUUUUAAGUUUCAUUCACCUUUGAGGAAGAUAAACCUUUAUGCUGGACAACAAUGCCGUGCUGCACCGACACUGAUCUUCCAAUUUCGAGAAAUUGUUUAGCCAGUCACGCCUUCUUCUGAACCCGUGUAAAAUAAUGUAUGUAAUCGUAGUUCCUUCUACGCGCACGUCCUCCCCUCUAAAUAAAUCUAACUUAUUCGUAAUACCUAGCCUAAGUUGUAGAUAACUAUGCGACGAACAGUAAACUUAAUUUAUAAACUACGAUUUCAAUUCUAACGUUGAAUCUUUUAGUACACUCGCUAAUGUGUAUGAAUUAUAAUUGUUGUCGCCUCAUUGUAUAUAGCUGGUAACACAAAACAAAAACAAAAAAAAACGAAACGAUCUAUAUAAAUCUAUGAGUAUUCUUUAAUAACUACGAUAAAAAGCAAGUGUGCAGUGUCGAAAAAAAAACCUAUUUAAAAAUCUAAAACUAUUUGCUGAUAACUAAAAAGGAUUCAAAUGUAAUUGUCUAAGUAAGCCCACAAUCACUUGCGUCACAUAAACCUCAACGUAUUUAAUUACAUAAAUUUAAUCAAACGGUUUAAGAUUUUCAUAAAUAAAUGCAAUCGUAUCUUAAAGGUAGCCAUGAACCAAAA